AAUCUUACACAAACAACAAACCCGGAAGCGAAAAAAAAGAGAAACAUUUUGACUGACCAAUAAUUAUGGAGAUACAGAUUGUAAAAGCUGGAUGGCUGCAAAGAAAAAGUACGGUUUUGCAUCGCUGGAAGAAGAACUGGUUUGUACUGUACAGGUCAGGAGAGUUGGCUUACUUUGAGUCCCAAGAUAAACAUCAGGCGGAGGGAAGGUUUAUUGUCUGUGCAUCAUGUAUAGGCAUCAAAACUAGUGGAGACUGUGAAUUCAGUGCACCGGAAGGCUAUGGCAAGCAAUGUCUGUUGUAUCUACAGUUACGUAGCGAUGAAGAUCUGAAAUUGUGUGCUGAAUCCCCAGAUGAUAUGAGAGCCUGGCAGAUAGCGCUUGAAGAAGCCAGGACAAUGAACAGGACUGGAGAGAUUGCAGCACCUCCAGGGGUGGCUGUACCCCCAGGGGCACAGGUUGUCUACCCGCAAACAUUCACACAUGGCUAUCCUGGUCAGAUAAUAGCAGCCCCUGGACAGUAUGUUGUGAGAGAUGCUUCAGGGGGUGGAGCUGUUGUCAUGGGGAACCAGCCAGGUCAGGUGGUUUGUGUCCGGGAACCAUACUAUUACCGCAGGGGAUACUACUCUCCCCUCAUCAUGGGACCAGUUUUGUGGUGGUGAACAGCUUGGAAUUGGAUAUAACCACAGCAACAGUGUAAACAACUUACAUACUGUAAAUGUCUAUCAGGUCAGGAUAAAAAUGUGUAAUAUUUUGCACCAAGACUGCAAUGUCCAUGUAAGGAAGGAAAAGGGUGUAAUGCACUGUUGCUGAAUAUUUUUUUUUUUUUUUUUUGAUAUUCCAUUGACAUAGUGUUAUGUUUUUAUGUUGUAUUCUUAUAUUUUUGAUAUUCUAUAGGUAGAUCUAUUGAGAUCUUUGAAUGUUUUUCUAAAUGAUUUAUGUGUGAGAUUAUGACUGGAAACUGCAGCCCAGUUUUCUCUUUUUGUAUAUUUAGCCCAGAACCAGCUAGUGGUUCAGGGCAAGCUGUUAGUAUACAUGGAUUGUGUCUAUGUCGGCCAUCAUCUCCAACAAUUUUGCUUAGACAGCUUCCUCUGAAACAACUUAUCAGAAUUACAUCAAACUUGGCAGGUAGCAUAUUGGCCAUGCAUCUUCCUCUUAUUUAUUGUAAUCAUUUUGCUUGACUGCAGUUAGGGGUUGCCAGGGUUGAAAAUAGAAAAAAUCUAAAAGACUUCUUCUAAUGAACCACAUGAUGAAUCUCCACAAUACUUGGUCUAUAUCAUAGUUGGAUGUAUUUCUCUUAAUUGCUUUCAAAUUCUUUUUCUUGACUGCAAUUAGGGGUUACCAGACCUAAAAGCAGAACAUCAACUUCUUUUGGUUUGCUUGAUGAAUCUUCAACAAAUUUGGCCAGAAGUAAGAUAAAAAGGUCAUGGACAGGUGAACAGUAUAGGGCUUACAUGGCACCUUUCUAUAUUCAAUAUAUUUCACCAGUUUUGUUUCAGUCAUGAAAUUCUUGUUCUCCCCUGCCAUGACUGAUAUAUAAUUUUGGUGCAAAGAAGUUGUGGUUGUCCCAUUUUCAUAUUAUGUAUAUAUAUAUUUUUUAAAAAUGGGAAAAAAGAUGCAUUUAAAUGUCAUGCAAUUCUCUUUUCUGCUGAUUCUAGUCAUAAAAAGAUGAUAUUUGAAUGUUAAAGGUUUUGUCCAUUUUGAGCAGAUAUAGAUAAGGUUGUGCAUUAUUCAUGAUUUAUUUUCCUUGCAUGUCGGACAGGAUUUCAGCGUUUUUUCGUUGCAGCUGGAAAAAACUCGUCUUAUACCCAAGAUGUAAGAUGACUCUUAUGCUGCAAUUUAUAUUGAUAUAAAAAAAAUUCAUAAAUCCAUAUGAUGCUAUGAUAAAAAUAGUUCUUAAAAGAAAAGCAUUUAUUUUAUUAUAUUUUUGCUAUUAUUUAUUGAAUUAUGAUACGCAAGGAAAUAAAAUCCAUCACAAGCUUUAUGUGUGGAUGGAAAUAUCCAGUUCUUGGACAUUUGUUUUUGUGGUAACUCGGCAAAGUCUCAUUAUAACCUAAACAAUGUUAGUUUACUGUGAUGAUAUACAGUUAGAUGUUGAAAAGUUUUGUCUAUGUGUUACGGUAUAUGUGGAAAAAAAAAUAAUUUCCUUUUCUGCAAUACUUUUUCUGUGUAUUUUAAUGCAAUUUCAUUUUGAUAACUGUUUUAAAAUAUUAUAGGGGCUUGCAUUUUGAGUAGUUUGAAAUAUUACUGUAAUUUUGUGUACUUUAGCCGAAUGAUUAUAUACAUGUUCAGGUAGUGGACCUGUGUUGACACCUGGCAAUUUACGUGUGAUUACGUAUUCUCAUAAUGCAACUUGGCAGUUUACGUGUGAUUACAUAUUCUCAUAAUGCAACUUGGCAGUUUACGUGUGAUUACAUAUUCUCAUAAUGCAACUUGGCAGUUUACGUGUGAUUACAUAUUCCCAUGAUGCAACUCGGCAUUUUUCAGACGUUAAGGAGCUCAACGUGCAAAUAUUUUUCCUCGAAAACGUGAAUAUACUAAAAUAAAUCGCUUUUGAAGAAUACAUAAUUUGUUGAUGGUCAUUACUGAUCCACUGCCUUAAUGAUAUAAUAUGUAAAUAUAAAAAUACGCAAUCCUACUACAUUUUUCUGUAACAUUUUCUAACCUUAUGAAAAUGUCUUCUAUCGUUGUCACUAUAUGCUAUUCUUGUGUUAUUUAAUGAUGUAAUUCUCUCUGUGAUAUAAAUUCAUGUACAGCAUUAUUUCUUGAGCAAGAUCAUGAUAUAGUGCAAAUUUGUUACCAUAUUCAGUAACAUAUGUAAUAAAAGAUAAUUAUAAGUGGAGAUGCACUUGUUUAAAGAUUAUUAGAUUUGUAAAAAGAAGUAUGCAAUUGUUCUUUUGGUGAAUGAUGCUGUGCUCCUAGAGUCGCGCAGUAUUUAUGCUGCAGAACUCGUGCAUAUUUCUAGAUACAAAUCCAUUUUUGACCUUCAGUUUGACUAUGAUGCCUAACUUCUUAAUAUUAUUAACAUUUUUACAUGAAUUUAGUUUUUAAUUGUAAAAAAGCAGUUUAAUAUAUAUACAUUUACUGAAUAGCUUAUUGGUCAAUAGUAAAAACUAUUGCAUGAGAUCAGAAGGACCAGGGGUCAAUAGGUUUUGUCAGUUGACUGGCAAGCCAUUCAAAAAAGUGUUUUAUUACAUGACAUCAAAAAUAGAUUUCAUUUAAUUAUUUCUUUCAAGUUUUGACUUUUGCCCAACAAAAUACAUGGUGGUGAACUAUUGACUGGUCAUAUUGCACAAACUGUGGACUGGCGAUUUAUAGAUGGAGUCAUGGAAUAAAAAAUCUUAAUGACAAUAGGUCUUUAAGUAAUUUAUUUACAUAUAUUAAAUGAAUAUUUUUUGAAAAGGGCAGAAGCAUAUAGGGUAAAAUCAAGAAUUUGCUGUUUGAAACUUUUUGUUAUUUGUGCCAUUCUUGUCUGUACUGGUCUGUCAAUGUACUUACUGUAAAUUUAUUUUUGAAAUGCAUUACAUGUUGAUUUUUAUACCCUCUGUGUUGGAGGGCAUAUAGUGUUUGAACUGUCCGUCCAUCACUCUUUCUUGUGUAAUCACCCCUCCAACAGUUUUCAUCCGAUUCAAAUGAAACUUGGUAAAUAUCUUCAGCGUGAAGUGGAUAUUGGCAUACUGUUUGUACUGAUAAUUAAUUUUUUUAGUUAUACCCCUUUUUGAUUUAUAAUAAACACUGUUCAUCAAAAUUAUGUUUGAAACUUUGAAUUUCCUUUUUGUUCUGUCAUAGAUAAAUUAGCAAAAAAUACUGCUGAAAUUUUGCAUAAAUGUGUGUUUUGCAGCCUCUGACAGCUCUGAAAAAUUUCAUCACUACAAAAUAUGCUAUCAACAAAGUUAUGAUAACAUUUUAUGAGAAGUCUAAGCUUAAGACUAAAACAUUGUUGAAUAUGAGCUUUGAGCAUUGUGUUAUCAAUGCCUCAUACAGUUUAAAUUUAACUUAAUUGAAACUUGAUAUAAGGCAUCAAAUUGAAUAUGAAUAUGACAAGUGAAGAUAAUCUGGACAUUGAAGUCAGAUUAUAAUAUAUUGAGUUAUGCCCCUUUAACAGAACAAUUUUACAACAACAUUUGUACCUUGUGUACUUACCUUCUCCUACAGUUUUCUUCCAAUUCAAAUGAAACUUAUAGGUAAACAUGAUCAACAUUAAGUGGAUAAGCACGAGUAUUGUCACUUGAUUGUCAGAUUUGUUUUAGUUUGUCCCUCUGGGCCCUGUUGUUCGAAAUUUUAACAGACUGUUAAACUAAUCGCCUGUUAAAUUUUGAUUCAAAAUACUAGUCUUGGUGGGAAACACUAGUAAGUUGUUUUAAUUUUACUGUAAAGACGUUUCAGUCUUCAUAAUCCUUAAGUCAUACAUUUGUUUUUCUAAGUUUUCUAAAAUGUCGAAAUAUUACUUUAAAAGUUAAUCGACUGUUAGCUUAAUCAACUGUUAAAGUUUCGAACAACUGGGACCAGGACUAUUCUGUCUAGCAUUUUCAGGGGGAAUGUGUACAGUGUUGACAUCAUUCUUGUUUAUGUUAAGUUUGAUUUUAAGCCAUUUCUGUAAAUACUGAAAAUAAAAUUUAAUGCUUCAUAAGA